CCCAAAUUCCAUUAUUCAAGACUCAUAUGAUAGUCAGCGCGCUACCUAACAUUCAUCGAUCAUUUCAUAUGAAUACAUCGCUCCCUCACGUCUGCACUAUCCGCUAAUGGCUAGCAUAGGAAGAAACCUUCUCCUUCUCAGUUUCUCAUGGUGCUUCCUCACCUGCCCUUCUUAUUCAGACACAGACACAGACACAAUCCUACAAGGCCAGGAGAUGAGAGAUUGGCAGCACUUGGUUUCAGCUAAUGGGGUCUUCAGGUUAGAAUUCUUCAGCCAUGGUACAUCAGGGAAACGUUACUUAGGAAUAUUGCUCAACAUUUAUCACUGGCCAGUUCCACUUGGUAAAGGAGAAGUGUGGGUUGCAAACCGGAACAACCCGAUCCUUGACACAUCUGGAUCUCUUUUGAUUGACAGUGAUGGCAACUUGAGAAUUUCAUCCAGCGGAAGUAGUCCAAUUAUCUUAAAUUCGGUUCAAGCAUCAAGUAAUGCAAGUGCUACACUACUGGAUAAUGGCAAUUUCAUACUGAGGGAACUGAAAUCCAAUGGAUCCACUGGGAAUAUCUUAUGGCAAAGCUUCGAUUAUCCCACGGACACACUUUUGCCUGGCAUGAAACUGGGGAUUAACUUCAAAACUGGGCAUACCUGGUCAUUAACUUCAUGGAGAAGCGAUGAUUCUCCUGCUUCAGGAUCAUUUACCCUUGGCUUGGAUCGAAAUAUUACAAGCCAAUUGGUCAUCUUGUGGCAAGGAGAUAUCUAUUGGACUAGUGGGCCUUGGCACAACGGGAGUUUUGAAUAUGUGUCAAGGUUUUCCCAAGAUUCUAAUCCCGAGUUCAGAUACUUUUCAGAUGAGAAUGAAAAGUACUUCACAUACUCUGUGGAUAGAAGUCAUACUUAUUCAAUGUAUAAAAUUUUAUCAGAUGGUGAAAUUAUGGAGGAAUGGAAUAAUAUAGCACCUUUUGGUGUUUGUUCUGUAGCUGUGGAUCCAGGGGAUGGAAGUAAUGCUGGGUGUGCCAAGGAGAAAGUACUGCCAGAGUGUAGGGAUCCUAAUAUUAUGUUUGCUUUUGAAUAUGGUUACAUGUCAACUACAAUAGGUUUCAAGUUCCCUGAUAGGAAUAACUUGAAUUUGGACCCAAGGAUCCUUUUUCACAGCUGA